AUGUCUGCGAGCGCUGUCUACGUCUUGGAUUUAAAAGGAAAGGUACUGGUGUGCCGGAACUACCGCGGUGAUGUUGACAUGUCUGAGAUCGAGCACUUCAUGAGCCUGCUGAUGGACAAGGAGGAGGAGGGGACACUGUCUCCCAUCCUGGCCCAUGGCGGCGUGCGUUUCAUGUGGAUUAAACAUAAUAACCUAUACUUGGUGGCAACAUCCAAGAAAAAUGCCAGUGUGUCCUUGGUUUUCUCCUUUUUGUACAAAAUUGUCCAGGUUUUCUCCGAGUAUUUCAAGGAACUGGAGGAAGAGAGUAUCCGGGAUAAUUUUGUAAUCAUAUAUGAGCUGAUGGAUGAGUUGAUGGACUUUGGCUAUCCGCAGACCACAGACAGCAAGAUUCUACAAGAGUAUAUAACUCAGGAGGGGCACAAGCUGGACACAGGGGCCCCCCGCCCACCCGCCACGGUCACUAACGCAGUCUCCUGGCGCUCAGAGGGUAUCAAAUACAGGAAAAACGAAGUUUUCCUGGACGUCAUCGAAUCUGUUAACCUCCUGGUAGGACCAACUUUGUUCAAUUUGUUAUGUGUUGUCAGUGCCAAUGGCAACGUCCUGCGUAGCGAAAUCGUCGGCUCCAUUAAGAUGCGUGUAUUCCUGUCUGGCAUGCCCGAGUUGCGCCUGGGCCUCAACGACAAGGUUCUGUUUGAAAAUACUGGACGUGGCAAGAGUAAGUCUGUGGAGCUAGAGGACGUCAAGUUUCAUCAGUGCGUUCGCCUGUCUCGCUUCGAGAACGACCGCACCAUCUCCUUCAUUCCCCCUGAUGGCGAGUUUGAGCUCAUGUCCUACCGCCUCAACACUCACGUGAAGCCUUUGAUCUGGAUUGAAUCCGUCAUUGAGAAGCACUCCCACAGUCGCAUCGAGUACAUGAUUAAGGCCAAAAGCCAAUUUAAACGGCGCUCCACCGCAAACAAUGUGGAGAUCCACAUUCCUGUGCCAACAGACGCUGACUCUCCCAAAUUCAAGACCACGGUUGGCAGCGUCAAGUGGGUUCCAGAAAACAGCGAGAUCGUCUGGUCCAUCAAGUCCUUUCCCGGUGGCAAGGAGUAUCUGAUGCGAGCCCACUUUGGCCUUCCGAGUGUGGAAGCAGAAGAUAAGGAGGGGAAGCCCCCGAUCAGCGUCAAGUUCGAGAUCCCCUACUUCACCACUUCAGGCAUCCAGGUGCGUUAUCUGAAGAUCAUUGAGAAGAGCGGCUAUCAGGCUCUGCCCUGGGUGCGCUACAUCACCCAAAAUGGAGAUUACCAGCUCCGCACCCAGUAA